CGUCUUCUUUUCUUGCCUCCUUCAGACGUCAGCUCCUCCGUGGGCGCGAGGCCCCGCCUCCUCCUCCUCCUCCUCCUCGUCGUCGUCGUCGUCGGCCGUGGCGUCGCCGCUCGCACGGAGGUUCUCGAGAUGAGGGCCGACCCAUGAGGACCCUGAAUGAAACGAACAAGGGGGAGCAGCUGCCCCCCCUGGACAACAAGGUGAACGCGGCCCAGCUGUGGCGGGACGCCGCCCUCCGCUCCAGGAAGCUGCGCAGCGACCUGCGCCAGCUGCCCCCCUGCCCCAAAGACCAGGACCUGUCCCACGUGGAGGCCCUGAACCUGGGCAACAACCUCCUGCAGGAGCUGCCCGAAGGCCUGGCGUCCAGCCUCAACAAUCUGCGCGUCCUGGUGCUGCGGAGGAACCGCUUCUCCAGCGUGCCGCGAGCCCUGUUCGAGCUCCGGCAGCUGGUGGAGUUGGACCUGAGCCACAACCGGCUGAGGGGCGCGGCGGAGGGCCUGGGCCGGCUGAGCACCCUCAAGAAACUCAGCGUCAGUCACAACAACAUCCGGCGGCUGCCGGAGCGCAUCGCGGCUUUGGAGCUUCUGGAGGAACUGGACGUCAGCUUCAACGACCUCCACGAAAUGCCCGAGUCCUUCCGCCGGCUCGCCAGGCUGCGCACGCUGGACGUGGACCACAACAAGCUGAGCAGGUUCCCUCCGGAGAUCCUGGCCCUGGUCGACUUGGAGGAACUGGACUGCUCGGGGAACCGGUUUGAAGUUCUGCCGGAGGAGGUGGUCAAGCUGAAGAGCAUCAAGAUCUUGUGGCUGAGCAGCCUCGGCUUGAGGUCUCUCCCCGACACCUUCUGCCGGCUGCGGCACCUGGAGAGCCUGAUGCUGGACGGAAACCGCCUGGCUGCCCUGCCGGGCGCCUUUGGCAGCCUGCGGACACUCAAAAUGAUCAACUUGUCCUCCAACGAGCUCACGCACUUCCCCGAGGUACUUCUGGACAUUUGCGGUUUGGAGGAACUCUACCUGAGCAGGAACAAAGUGACUCAGGUCCCGCGGGAGAUCGCCAGGUUGCGGAAUCUCGCCAAUCUCUGGCUGGACAACAACGACAUUGCGUGGCUGCCGGACUCGCUCGUGGAGCUGGCCAAGCUGGAGGAGUUGGUUCUCCAGGGCAACCGGAUCGCCGUCCUUCCCGACGACUUCGGAAAGCUGUCCAAAGUGAACAUUUGGAAGGUGAAGGACAACCCGCUGGUCCGGCCUCCGUACGACGUGUGCAUGAAGGGGAUCCCGCACAUCGCCGCCUACCAGCUGGACCCGGCCCACUCUCGACCGACCGCUCGGCCCGUGCUCAAAUUGGUCCUGCUGGGACCGAAGGACACCGGGAAGACGCGGCUGCGGCGGAGCUUGACGGGCGAGGAAGACGAGAGCGAAGGCGUCCGCGCCGAUGGCGGAAUCCAAGUCGCGAGCUGGGAGGCGGACGGCGGGCCCGCCUUCCUGGUGUACGAGUUGUCUGGAAAGCGGAACCUGGACCUCGUCCAGCCCUUCUUCCUGUCCCCCGCUGCGCUCUACAUCUUGGUGGUCAACCUCCGGGCGUACUCUUCGUGCGACUUCUACAACCACGUGGGCUACUUCCUGCACCUGCUCGGCGCCAAGGUGCCCCGGGCCGUGGUACUGUUGGUGGGUACGCACGCCGACCUGUGCGGGGAGGCGGAGCUGGAGGAGAAGAAGCUGGACAUCCAUCGUCAGGUGGGCCUGCAGCAGAGGAGGGACGUUCGGGUUCUGGGGAGUUUGGCGCUAAAGGUGGAGCAGGCGCUGCAGCAGGGCUACGCCGCACGCACCUCCAGCCCACACGCCCCCUUCUACGCCGUCUCCGACACCAACCUUCAGCGGAAGAAGGUCCGGCUGCGGUCCCUCCUGGAGUGCGGCCUGCAGAUUCUGUCCCCGCUGAUGAGCGUCAGCUGCGUGCGGACCGACCGCACUGACAUCGGACGCCUCAAAGACAAACUGAGGUCGGUGGCCCGCCACCGCCACAUCUUUCCCGACCUCCACCGGACGCUGCCCGGGUCUUGGCAGACACUGGAGGAGCUGCACCUUAAGUCCAAAGAACUGUGGUUGACCCGCUGGGACUCGACCCGUCUGGGCCAGCAGGCGGGCCUGACCGGGGAAGGUCUGCAAAACGCUUUGUCCUACCUGCACCGCAGCGGGAAGCUGCUGCGCUUCGAGGACAGCCCCGCUCUGGAGGACUACGUUUUUCACAACCUUCCGCGCUUCAUCGGCGUCCUCAACGCCGUCCUCCGAAGUGGCCCGGAGGACCUCACCGCGGCGCGGCUGCAGCGGCGCCUGGAAGGUCUCGGCGGGCCCGGCCUCCCGCCGUCUGACGCUGUCCUGGAGCUCCUGGAGAAGAUGGGCCUCUGCUAUUGUGUCAACAAACCCCGCGGAGGCGAGCCCCUUCACAGCGCCGCCGAGCUCGGGUUCAAGUUCCCGGGGCGCGUCCACGUCGAGGAGGGGGAAGACGACGACGACGACGACGGCUCGGAGACGGAAGAAGACGGGGGCUUCGAAUCGGAACCCGACCGGAGCAGCUCGGAGGCGCCGCCGAGUCCGCUUUUCUCGGCGGAGCGCCUGCAGAUCCGCUACAGCUUUCCCUUCCUGUUCCCGCCCGGACUCUUCGCCCGCUUCGGCGCGCGCAUCAACAGCCACGUGGUCCAGAGGUCGGACGGCCGGCGCCGCAUCGUGGCGUAUCGGGGAAAAGUGCCGGUGGUCGUCAGCCACCGGCCUCGGACGGGGAGCCCGCGGGCCGCCACGCUGUCGGUCGGCAGCCGCGCCGCGCUGCCCAACAUGUGGACGGCGUGGCAGGCUGUGGCGCCGCUGCUGCGCGAGCUGGACGCUCUGCUCGCCGACUGGCCCGGUCUGCACUACCAUAAACACGUCCUCUGUGCCAAGUGCCUGCGGAGAGGCGCCGCCAGCCCGCACGCCUUCCCCGGAGAGCUUCUGUCCCAGCGACGACCCGAAGGCGUCAGCGAGCUGACGUGUCCGAAGGAUUCCCAGGAGCGAGUCGACGUGGCUUUGGUCUACCCCCCCACGCCUGCGGACGACUUCCACGACAUUGGCCCAAAGUGACCCCGCGCUGGUUGUCGGGCCACAGCGCCGACACGGGGGGGGGGGGGGUCCCCCGAACUGGGACG